CUCUCACUAAGGUUUAGAGAAAAUGGCGACUUCCUGAGCGGCAUGAGAAGAUGUACUAUGUUUUGUUUUUGUCUUAAAGUUUUAACCAUCCGGACUUAAUCGUCUUAGUGUAGCAGCAAUUCCCACGCUUUUACUAUACCUUACAGCUAUUCACGAGACCGGGAGACGCGAACCCUGACAGCAGCGUCAUGGCAACGGAAUCCGCGUCUCCUGUGGUGCUGCAGCCUCGCUGGAAGCGCGUCCUGGGGUGGACCGGCCCGGUGCCGCGGCCGCGGCACGGACACCGAGCCGUGACUAUUAAGGAACUCAUGGUGGUAUUCGGCGGAGGAAACGAGGGGAUCGUGGACGAGCUGCACGUCUACAACACAGCUACCAACCAGUGGUUCAUCCCUGCAGUACGAGGUGAUGUCCCCCCUGGCUGUGCCGCCUACGGCUUUGUGUGUGAUGGAACAAGGCUGCUGGUGUUUGGAGGGAUGGUGGAGUAUGGCAAAUACAGCAGCGACCUAUACGAGCUGCAGGCAAGUCGUUGGGAGUGGAAACGUCUGAAGGCCAAGGCUCCAAAGAACGGUCCGCCCCCCUGCCCCCGCCUUGGACACAGUUUCUCUCUGAUUGGUAGUUGCUGUUACCUAUUUGGAGGAUUGGCUAAUGACAGUGAAGACCCCAAGAACAACAUCCCCAGGUAUCUGAACGACCUGUACUGUUUGGAGCUGCGGCCGGGCUCCAGUGUGGUCGGCUGGGAGAUCCCGCUGACGUCAGGUCAGCCGCCGCCACCCAGAGAGAGUCACACUGCUGUGGUGACAAGUGGCCGUGGAGCCAACAGACUGAUCAUUUAUGGAGGGAUGAGUGGCUGCAGACUGGGAGACCUGUGGAUGCUUGACAUAGACUCUCUGACGUGGAGCAAGCCGGCCCUCAAUGGAACCGCUCCCCUCCCCCGCAGCCUACACUCUGCUACCACCAUCAAUAACAAGAUGUAUGUGUUUGGAGGCUGGGUUCCUCUGGUGAUGGAUGACGUCAAAGUGGCGACUCAUGAGAAGGAGUGGAAGUGCACCAACACUCUGGCCUGCCUCAACCUGGACACCAUGUGCUGGGAGACAGUCAUGAUGGACAGUCUCGAGGAGAAUGUCCCCAGAGCACGAGCAGGUCACUGCAGUGUGGCCAUCAACUCCAGGCUCUACAUCUGGAGUGGCAGAGACGGAUACAGGAAGGCCUGGAACAACCAGGUGUGCUGCAAGGACCUCUGGUACCUGGAGACAGAGCGUCCCUCCGCUCCCUCUCGGGUGCAGUUGGUCCGGGCCAAUACAUCGUCUCUGGAGGUGAGCUGGGGGCCUUCACAGACCGCUGACACUUACCUGCUGCAGCUACAGAAGUAUGAUAUUCCUGCGACACCUGCAGCCGCCUCAUCUACCUCUGGCCCCGUCCCCAACCCAGUCCGCACCACCACACCUGGAGCAAGCUCUCCCAAGAGUCCCCCCAUUACCAUGACACUGGCUAACCCAACUGUCCCACUGUCCGGCAUCACACUGGUCCCCUCCCCCGCUGCCUCCGUACCUGGAAGCCCAUUGGCUGCUGCCGCCAAAGCUCCAGCUGUCCUGAAGGUGGCAGCAGCUCCUGGCGCAGCAGGCGGAGCAUCUAUUGUCACAGUGAGACAAGCAACGACCAAAUCCCCAGUUGCCAUGACGGCACUUCCUGCAGGUGUUCGUAUGGUGGUACCUGCUCAGGCUGGUCAGGGAACGCCAAUAGGAAACAGUCCUCAGAUGAGCGGUAUGGCGGCAUUGGCUGCGGCGGCCGCAGCGACUCAGAAGAUCCCUCCGUCCACAGCGACGAUGCUGAAUGUCCCUGCAGGAGCAACAAUUGUAAAAACAGUGGCUGUGAGUCCAGGAUCAAGCAGUCUACCUGUCAAAGUGGCAGCUCCAGUUACGAUGGUGACUAACCCGGCUACUCGAAUGCUGAAGACUGCUGCUGCUCAGGUGGGCGGAGCCUCUGUAGUCUCCACCCCCGGGAUCCCCAGUCGACCAAUCAUCACGGUCCAUAAGUCUGGCACGGUGACCGUCUCGCAGCAGGCUCAGGUGGUCACCACAGUUGUGGGCGGCGUCACAAAGACCAUCACCCUCGUUAACAGUCCACUCAGUGUGGGAGGAGGCAGCGCUCUGGCAAAGGGUGCUCUCCCAGCAGGAACCAUCUUGAAGUUGGUGACAUCAGCUGACGGUAAACAGACCACCCUUCUCAGCACCGCGCAAGCCGGAUCCGCAUCGACCAAAUCCACCAUUCUGGGUGUCGCCCCGGCAACCUCCAAACCUGGUACCACGAUCAUAAAGACGAUCCCAGUGUCUGCCCUGCAGGGGGGCUCAGGUGCCAACAGUCCAAUUACAAUCCUGACCACCAAGAUGGUGACACCAGGAAGUGCCAGCAAAAUCUUCACCACCGUCCCCAAAAUCACUGCAGCUGGUCAGCAGGGCCUCACACAGGUGGUGUUGAAAGGAGCACACGGCACCCCUGGUACGAUCCUCAGGACCGUCCCGAUGAGUGGAGUUAGACUGGUUUCACCGGGAGCUGUCGGCACCAAACCCACUGUUACCACACUGGUCGUCAAGGCAACCACAGGUAUGUCCAGUCUGGGUACAGUAACCGGAAGUGUCUCCACCACAGUGGCAGGAGGAGCCAUCACUGCUGCCAGUGCCUCCCUGGCAACACCCAUCACCACCCUGGCAACUAUCGCCACUCUGGCCAAUCAGGUUACCACAGCAACCGCAGCAGCAGCAGGACCCAAACAGGUGACUCUGAUCACGACUCCGAGCGGUGCAGAGGCUCAGCCGCUGGUCCAGGAUCUGCCAGUCACCUUCAUGGCUUCUCCUACUUCAGAAGAACCUGGAAGUACAUCAAGUACUUCUACUACUACUACUGCAGGGGGAGAGUCUGGAGACAGUGCAGCUGUUACAGUGACGCUGGUCUGCUCCAACCCACCCUGUGAGAUGCAUGACACGGGAACAACCAACACUGCCACCGUUGCCACAGCAACCAUGGGUGGCGACGACAGAGCAUGCUCCAACCCGCCCUGUGAGACUCACGACACCGGCACCACCAAUACAGCCACUGUGUCCUCCGCCGGCACGAGCCAAGUGCUGCAGGUGAGCUUCAACCAGCCUUCAGCUCAUCAGUCUACUCCUGGCAGUCUGAACGGAGGGAACAUCUGCUCCAAUCCACCAUGUGAGACCCAUGAGACAGGAACCACCAACACUGCUACCACAGCUGGAGCUGGAGGACUUAGACAGGUGUGUUCCAAUCCUCCAUGCGAGACCCAUGAGACAGGAACCACCAACACUGCUACCACAGCUGGAGCUGGAGGUCUGAGACAGGUGUGUUCCAAUCCACCGUGUGAGACCCAUGAGACAGGAACCACCAACACAGCUACCACAGCAACAGCUCAGCAGGGUGGAGACAAUCUGCAGGGAGACUCCACGGACCCCUCCUCCUCCUCUGAUCCUGCCUCCUCCCCAACAGCCAGUCAGACGAGAGCUGUUACCACCGUUACACAGGCCACACCCACCCCCGGACCAUCCAUACCUAUCUCCCUAUUGGUUGGAGAGGGCAGGGCGGAGUCUUCAGAGGCCCACACUGUCGCCAUGAUGACAGCAGCAGUGGAGGGGGAGGAGCCUAUGCAGAUGGACAGCCAAUCAGAGCACACAAUGUCAUCAGCACCCGCAGUGUUACAGGUUCAUGUGGAGGGCAGCGAGGCAGCAGCGCAGAUGGAGUCAGACAGUGGUCUUCCUCAGGAGCUGAUGUCAUCAGAAGGGGACGGAGGUGAGGUGGUCUCCGGGGCGACGACCCUGAUGGUGACGGGACUGACCUCGGGUCAGCUGGCUGUUACUACAGCAGGAGAGGAGGCAGCUCAGCAGGUGACGAUACAGGCGGUACUGCAGGCGGCAGGACACAUGGAGGGGUCGGUGGAUCAGUCCAUCCCCAUCGUUCUCACCCAGCAGGAGCUGGCGGCUCUGGUCCAACAACAGCAGCAGCUGCAGGAUGCCCACAACCAGCCAGAAACGGAACCAGCAGAACCAGAACCACAGCACAGCAGCGUGCCCACAGAGGGCCUUGCUCCAGCAGACAGCCUGAAUGACCCGGCAGCAGAGAGUAAUGGACAUGAGCUGACAUCAUCAGCAGUGACGAGUGCUGUGGCCCGAUUGGCCAGUACGUUUGGCCCUGCCCCUCCCCUGACAACCAGCCCGACAAAGAUUCAAGCUUCUACUUCACACACCGAGGUGACCAAUGGCAUCGCAGCAACUGCAGGGAAGCAGAGCGUCCAGGUCAAGUCAUCCAUGAAGGACAGUCAGUGGUACGACGUUGGAAUCGUCAAAGUGACCAACAUGGUGGUGACACAUUAUUACGUCCCCGACGAUGACAACAUGGCUGACGAUGACUCAGGAGUGAUGCCAGACUACGGUCAGAUGAGGAAGGUGGAGCUGCAGCCGGGGACGGCCUAUAAAUUUCGGGUUGCAGGGAUUAAUAUCUGUGGCCGUGGAGCGUUCUCGGAUGUGUCUGCGUUUAAAACGUGUCUUCCUGGUUUCCCCGGAGCGCCGUGUGCAAUCAAGAUCAGCAAGAACCUGGACGGGGCUCAGCUGACCUGGGAGCCUCCUGCGGUCACAUCAGGGAAGAUCACAGAGUACUCUGUGUACCUGGCCAUCCAGUCCAGCCAGGCCACCGCCUCUGGUUCAGGUUCUGGUCCUGGUCCGGCCCAGCUGGCCUUCAUGAGGGUCUACUGCGGUCCCAACCCGUCCUGCCUGGUCCAGGCCUCCAGCCUCGCCAACGCCCACAUCGACUACACCACCAAGCCUGCCAUCAUCUUCCGCAUCGCCGCUCGCAACCAGAAGGGCUACGGGCCGGCCACGCAAGUCCGGUGGCUACAAGAAAACAGUAAAGAAGCCAAAGCAGCAGUGAAGAGAGCAGGAGCUUCUCCUGAUUUUAAACCUGGUGGGCCAAAGAAGUUCAGAACCGACCAAUAGGAGGAGCCGAUGUUCUGCUGAAGCCUGCCAUUGGUUACAGUUGUGUUCAGUCUCGCCCUGCAGCUGGUUACCAUGUCGAUGAAGAGGCGGGGCUCUGACAGCCUUCUGUUCCACAGGAAACAAAUGAAAGACUUGUAGGAUAUUUGUACAUUAUCGACCAAUCAGAGCUUUUUUCCUCUGCUCUGCUCUCUUGGUUGUCAUGGAGAUGGAAGAGGGCGGAGUCAACAACUUUUCACCCUCAAAUGGAAAUAAAGUUUGAGAUUAUUAAAGGUAGAUGUAGCUCUCUCUGUCUGUUGGUGUCUCUCGCCCUCUGCUGACCAUGAGAAAGGUCAAAGGUCACGGUGCUGUCUGGGGGCGGGGUCUCAACAGGGCAGUUUAAGCCAGGUUUGUUGUACAUUAUUUUCUUUCUGUAGCAUCAGAAUAUUUAGUUUUUCCUUUUUAUAAACGUCUGUAAGGAAAUCUUUCUUCUUCUGUGGUUUGUUUCCUCUGCUGAUGAAAGGUUUGAUGAGUGCAGUGACAGCUCACAUCAGUUUGAGUCAAACCUGUUGUUUGUGAAUAUUCUCUGGAACAAUAAAGAUUUUUAGAGCA